UUGUUUACGUUUGCGUCUGGCCGAGGCUGUUUAAAGUGUGAUUUACUGUUCUUUCAAAUUAAUUUGUUUUUAUUGGCAUGAAGUUUUCAUAUAAGUUUUCGAAUUUGCUUGGUGCAAUUUAUCGCAAUGGAAAUCUACAAUUCACACCCGACGGUAAUAGCAUUAUCAGUCCGGUUGGUAACCGGAUAUCAAUAUACGAUUUGAGAAAUCACAAGUCACGCACGCUAUCGCUUGAGUCUCGUUACAAUUAUGUGGCCAUCGCUCUUUCACCAGAUGGCAAUCUGCUGAUUGCUGUUAAUGAAGUAGGCGAAGCACAGCUAAUUAGCAUGAUAUCUUGUGCUGUCAUUCAUCGCCAUAAGCUCCAUACAAAACCACAAUGUGUAGUGUUCAGUCCAGAUGGUGCAUAUUUCGCUGUGGCCAUGGAUAAUCUGGUUUUGGUGUUUGCAUCGCCCGGUGAAUUAACUGGCGAAUACAAUCCAUUUGUGCUAAAACGCCGCUUUCUGGGCGGAUUCGAUGAUGUCACUUGGCUAGAUUGGUCGUCAGAUUCGCGUUUUCUAGCGGUCGGUUGUCGUGAUGGCACCACCAAAAUUGUUGGUUUACGCUUGUUGACAAAUUUCCGUACUUUUAUACUGCCAGGACAUACGGAUGCGAUUAUUGCUAGUUUCUUUGAGCGCAACAGUAUGCAUGUGAAUACACUUAGUCGUAAUGGACAGCUCUGCUUGUGGGAAUGUAGUAUAAGUCCAUCCGACAUUGAGGAUGUAACACCGGAACAGAGAGAAGCUCUAAAAUAUAUACCAAAUAAGAAGAAGAAAACCGUUGCCAAAGAUGAGGAAGAAGAGUCCGAGGAUGAUGUUGUAGAAAAGGAGAAUGGAGAGGAUAACAAGGAGACGAACUCAGAUCCUCAAGAUGAGAAUGAAGUAAAGGAUGAGGUUGUCAGAAAAACACAUCCGUUUUCCUACAAAAAAAUUAGCAGGCAUUACUUGGCAGAAGAGCCACGCAAAACAAGCCGGAACGCAAUUGUAACAGCGGCGCAUUAUAAUAAUCGUACCAAAAUUUUAGUUAUUGCCUUCAGCGUCGGUAGUUUCUAUUUAUACGAACUGCCUGACGUCAACAUGAUCCACUCACUAAGCAUUUCUGAUUAUGCCAUAUCAGUAGCGCUUUUUAAUGGCACCGGUGAUUGGGUGGCGUUGGCAUCACGCGAAUUAGGACAGUUACUUGUAUGGGAAUGGCAAAGUGAGCAGUAUAUUAUGAAGCAACAGGGGCAUUGCAGUGAAAUGACUUGCAUAAGCUAUUCACCAGAUGGACAGUAUAUCGCCACAGGUGGCGAGGACUCUAAAGUAAAACUUUGGAAUACACAAAGCGGUUUCUGCUUUGUUACAUUCAGUGAACAUAGUAGCGGUGUUACGGGCAUCCAAUUCAGUCGCAAUAAAAAUUUCUUGGUGAGUUGUUCGCUGGAUGGAACAGUGCGAGCAUUUGAUGUCAACAGGUAUCGCAAUUUUCGUACAUUCAGCUCACCUGAACGUGUACAAUUCUCUUGUGUGGCCAUUGAUCAUUCUGGUGAAUUUGUGGCCGCUGCUUGUCUGGAUGUUUUCGAAAUGUAUCUAUGGUCAGUAAAAUUGGGUAAAUUACUGGAAGUGAUAAGUGGCCAUGAAGGACCUGUAAGCUCGAUAGCAUUUUCACCAGUUGCCGCCAUGACGACACUCGUAUCAGGGUCAUGGGACAAAACCAUAAAAAUUUGGAACUGUUUAGAAAAUAACAGUGAACACGAAACGAUUGAUGUACUCACGGAUGCGACGUGUGUAGUGUUCAGUCCGAGCGGUGAGCAUGUCGCAGUCGCCACACUCAAUGGUCAUAUAACAAUUCUCGACGUUAAAACAUCGACACAGAUAAGUUGUAUUGAAGGGCGCAACGAUUUGGCUGGUGGUCGCUAUGAGAAUGACGUAAUAACAGGCAAAAAGAACUUGGAGGGCAAAUACUUUUCUUCCAUUGAAUAUUCCGUUGAUGGUGAAUGUAUUAUAGCCGGUGGUAAUUCACAGUUUAUAUGCAUUUAUCAUGCACGCGAAGCGUUGCUUCUGAAGAAGUUCGAAAUUACCCAGAAUCAUAGCUUAGAUGGCUUGGAUGAAUAUAUAAAUCGGCGCAAUCUCACAGAAUUUGGUAAUAUGGCGCUCGUUGAAACCCGUGAAGAACUAGAGGGUGGCAAUGUAGCAAUUCGUUUGCCCGGGGUGCAAAAGGGAGAUAUGGCAAGUAGAAGCUUAAAACCAAAAAUAAAAGUUUUCUCUGUGCGUUUCAUGCCGACCGGCCAAGCGUAUGCGGUAGCUUGCACCGAAGGUCUGUGCUUGUUCUCAUUGGAUAAAGGUGUUGUUUUCGAUCCUUUUCAUUUAUCUUUGGAGGUAACGCCGAAAGCUAUUUGCGACUCGGCAGAUAAAAAUGAUUUUUCGAAGGCACUUGUUAUGUCACUAAAACUAAAUGAGCCCCAUCUCAUAUAUAUGGUUCUAGAGAAAAUACCAAAUAAAGAUAUAAAACUGAUUUGUUCGACGUUGCCUGAUACCUUUGCGCACUCCUUGCUGCAAGUCAUCGCUCGCGGCUUGCAGACUACUACACAUCUGGAAUUCUACUUGAAUUGGUGUUGCAGUUUAUUAUCUACACAUGGCAAUAAAAGUGAUUUGCUGCAACACCACGCAUUACUAUCGCUGCAGGAAAGCUUAUCACAGAAAUACGAAUCGCUUAAUCGCAUAUGCGAUUUCAACAAAUACUCCAUGCGAGUUUUAUUAAAUGCUGCCAAAGAGCGUAGAAAACAACGUGAAGAGUUGCCCGGAACUGAGAAAAAAUCAACCGAACAGCAAAAUGAUAGUGAUAUAGCUGAGGAUGACGAUGAAAUGUUCUUAAUUAAAUCGAAGGAGAACGAUAAUGCAGUGGCAGAAUUUGACAGCGAGGCGGAGAUUGAUAGUGAAAGCGAUACUGAGUGACGAUUCAAGAUAAUGUAUAGUUUAGAAGUUUUAAAUUUCGCUUAGUUUGUAAUACAGUGAUUUCAAUAUUUUGAAAAUUAAAUACAUUUCAUUUGUAUUCGA